AUGGCAGGAGCGGGCUUCUACGUUGACGCCAAGUACCCGGACGUCAUCGCGUGUCUCGAGGCCGAUGGCUGGGCGGCCGUGCGCCACUGGACGUUCCCGACCUGCCGCUUGCGCUUCGUCAACUACGCCAAGGUGCAGUGGGCGUACGUCAAGCCAGCGCACAUCGUCAACCACCUCCAGCACGCGGUGUUGCUGAGCCAGAAGCACGAGCUCCUCGCGCACCUCCGGCUUCGCCAUAGCCGUCAGCACAUCGCGCCCCGCAGCGCUGCCUCGCUCGAUGAGUGGCGCCAGCUCUUUCUGUACGCGCAGGUGCUGCUCGUGCUCAAGCACCCGACGGCCUUCGCGUCGCACCUCACACCCGCGCUGGCCAUCGCAGCCGAGCUGAUGCGGCGCAACCCCGAUCCAUCCGUCGCCCGUGCGCACGGCUUCAUCAUGGUCGACGCCGCCUUUCUUAGCACGCUUGCCCUCGAUGGCUUGUACAGCGCGCUGCACCGCGAGGUCGACUCGUCGAUCCCAAGUGCACAACAUGAUCUAAUUCAAGCGAUCUUACACCACUUCCAAGCCUGCGACCCUCAAUUUCACUUUGUCGGAACGCGAAAUCUGUGGAUCGCCAAGCCGUCGGGCCUCUCGCAAGGCCGGGGUAUCGAGCUCGUGACGUCCCUGGCCGAGCUCGAGGCGAUCUGGGCGUCACCGAUGGUCGUGCAGCAGUACGUCGAGCGGCCGCUCACGAUUUACGGGCGCAAGUUUGACAUUCGGCAGUGGGUUCUGCUCACGGACGUCGCGCCGCUCCAAGUCUUUUGGUACGAGUCGUGCUACCUGCGCUUCGCGUCGACCGAGUACAGCCUCGCCUCGUCGACCAGCCUCCAGGACAAGGCUAUGCACCUCUGCAACAACUCGAUUCAAAAGCACGCGACGGGAGCUGCGCACAAGGAGAUCCCAGACCACAUGUGGCCGCUGCAUCGUUUUCAGCAGCACCUCGCAGAGCUUGGCCACGGAGCCUUAUGGGAGACCUCGCUGCGUCCUGCGAUGCAGUUUGCCUGCGCCGAGGCUCUGGCGUCCGUCGCGAGCAAGCUCCGCCGUGUCGGGCAAGGGUUUGAGUGGCUCGGACUCGACUUUCUCAUCGACGAGACGUUCCGCGUCUGGCUGCUCGAGGUGAACGUGAGCCCAGACGUAAGCCACAGCACAGCGACGACCGCCGCACUCGUGCCGCCAGCAACCCAAGACCUCCUUGCACUUGUGUUGCACCAGGAUGAGAACCGGGGCUGGCGACGACUCGAUCUGGCCUCGGUGCAGCCACCGACGUAUGCAGUCUGA